AUGCAAAUGAUAAUUGAGGCCGAAGAACUGUUUAAUGCAAAAGCACGUAAUCGCAAGAAAUUGCUCAAAAUGGAGCUUCUGUCGGUGGAGAAGAAUGCGGACGCCAAUGUUACAUUGCGAUACAGAAACGAGAAACAGUGGCAAGGCCGAGUCAAAAUCGUCGAGUGUGAUAUGCGACAGUUGAGUGAAAAAAUUCGAGCCGGUCAUUUGCCACCACCGGAUUUGAUUGUUUCGGAACUGCUGGGGUCAUUUGGUGACAACGAACUUUCGCCAGAAUGUCUCGAUGGAAUCACCGAUGUUUUACGACCAACUACGCUUAGCAUUCCACACCAGUACACUAGCUACGUAGCACCUAUCCAGUCUAUUCGAUUGUAUCAGAAGAUAUUAUGCUGUGUUGGUGGAACAAAAUAUUUCGAGCGCGGAUUUCCUGAUCGCGGACGACUGGAACCCAUGAAGCUUCCAGAUGGGACUUAUUCACAGCCGUAUGUUACUAUCGGCUCUUACGCUUAUUUGUGUAAAAAACAGAAAAGGCCGUUAAGGAAAAACGAAAAGGUGUCGAGGAUAAUGCUGAAGGGAUGA